AGAGACCCGCUUUCUGCCCGAGGCCGAGCUGCCAGAGUGUGCCCGCCUGGCGUACGGACAGGGCCGAGAGGAUGCCCAGCCAGACGAGAUCGCUGACCGGGAGCUGGCCGAAGCGCUGGAGAGAUCAGUCCAGGAGUCUGAACAUCAGAAACACUGAUGCAUGUUGUGUGCGUGCUACAGCUGGAGAGGGCCCACCAAGCAGAAAAAGAUGGGAAAACUACCUCACCAGAACCCCCCCCAUUCCCAUCCCGACCUCCCCGUCUUCUCCCCAACUGUCCCUCGGGAUACCCUUCCCACGUAUCUCAGCCACAUAGCCAAGUCCUCGAUCGAUCAGCUUCAGCCCCAGCCUCUUUGCCUCCCCACAAAUCCACUGUAAGCUCCCAGCCCCAGAUGGUGAGCUCCAGUCCAACAGCAAAGGAAUGCUUACCCUCACCAUAUGACUCCCAGUUUCAGGGUUUCUCUGAAAACCUCUCUACAGACAUUGGGCCUCCAGAACAAAGCCCUUCUUUGGAAAACGUGUCCCUGAAAUUUCAAGAGUCCCCGGCUCGAAAUGUUGACCAUUUACCUCCAGAGCACUCGGACUUGGCUCGGGGACUUUCUGCAGAUCUCAAGUCCCAGGACAUGCCUGUCGGCGACCUGGGAACAGAUCUACCAAAUGAGUCCUCUGUCAGACUUCCACACGAGUCUGCUUUCCAGAGCUGUGUAUCUGUGGACUCUCAACAUCAGACCACUGCACAAGUGGGGAUUGAUUCUGAUGACAAAGAAAUCCAGCUAUCAGGGAUGGACCUUGGAUGUAAGUUUGGGGCGGGAGAAGUGUCUCUUGCCAAGAACUGCCAAGAUUCUGCUGAGAACUUUGCAAGCUACGAGCAGAGAACUGGUACCAUUUCAGGAGAAAUAGAAACAGAAAUCAACAGAGGUCCCUGUAGCCCUGGAACUCAGCUGGAAAACACAGAAAUGGAGCUGGAGAUGACCUACCCUGAGCAACUCAACCUUGACCACAAAGGUUCUGGGUCGGAUGUUGAGUUAAAAGCAUCGGAGUGUCUGUCUAAUUUGACCCUACCUAGCACUCAGUCUGAAGACAUGGGCUGUAGUGAUUUGGUGGAGGACAGCUCUAAUGAUGCUCCAGACUUGACAAUGGAGAGUCUACCGACUUCUUUACCUGAGAGAAAUCAGCCAGAGGGCAGCAUGUUUUCUGAGGAAAGUGGUCCAUCUCUUGCGGCCGCCCUGCUGGAGCUUCAUGAACUUUUGGUUGCCAACCACCAAGAAGCCUCCCACUCCCUCGUAUCAGACAUGAAAACUGAUUUGCAGAGGGAGGACGCCGAGGGAAUGAAUGUGUCCGACACGAGCUGCUCCCCAGGAAGUACAGAGAGAGUAAGUGAGGCGACGACUGACGCAGAGGGAGUGAUUGCCAAAACUGAUGGCCAUGAAUUCCCUUGUCCCUUCUCUACAGAAACACUGACUGGGGUAGAACUGGAGCCCUCAAACAGAAGCCAACAAACGGGCGUCCCAGAAAAGGACAUUCACACAUUGGAUUCACUGGCAGACUGUGCUUCGUCAGGCCCAACCUUGGAUAGCCUGCCUGCAAGAGCUGAACAGGAAGUGCCCCCUUCUGAAGGCCAUGCUCAUAGAAUACCACCAGAGGGCAGGCAGGAAAGGGGAGUUGCAGAUGGAAGAGCUGCUGUACUGGUAAACCCACAGGCUGAGAUGGAAGUGCCAUUGAACUCUGAUUUCAGUCUGCCAGUCUCAAGAGCUCCAGGACACCAAGGUGCACCACUUCCAACCAUGGAGGUGAGUCCCUUUGGACAUCCUCCCACCAGCUCUUCUCUCCCAGGGCCCACAGCCUCCUUUCCUGCUGGCCAGAUCGAGAGGAUUACAAAUGAAGGUUUUACAGUGCAGGAAGCAGUGAAGGCCCUGGAGCAAUUCCAGGGAAAUGCUGAACUGGCCCUCCUUGUUUUGCUAUCUAGGGGCAUUGUGGUCCCCACUUAAUCUGCCCAGAAUGGGUGCCCUGCAGUGAGCCUAAACCUCCCAAAGGAUCACAACCUUUUCCAAAUGAGACACUGACAAUGCAGAGAGCCACCCCUCCUCAGAAAUAACACAUGAAUGCAACUUCAGAUGCAUCAGAAGCUUACCACUUCUUGACCUGUCAGUUUACUCUUUUGAAUCUUAAAUGUUAGCUGUCAUUAACGUUUUUCUUCUUGGGUCAUCUUCAUGUGUUUAGGCAGUUGCAUUUAAGAGGGAGGGGGGGAAGAGAUCUGUACAGAUUGCUACAGUUUUUCAUGUGGGAAAGGCCGAAGGGACCCUAGAUCAAGUUGUUUGGGUUGCUCAGUCUGAAAUUCAGUCAUGUGUACAUUGAUGUCAUGCUCCCCAUAUAAACUGAAUGAUUGGAAAAUGUCAAGGAAAUGGGACGUCACACUCGGUGCUGACAUCACAGGUGGCUUUACAGAGAAUGUGCCAUCUGGACACUAGACAUAAUGAUUGCCAUUGAAGUGGAGGAGCAUGUAAAGCAUACAUCACGACCACAGCUUUCCAAAGGGCCGCAGAUUGUGUAAUGUGUCCAUUCAGCAUUAUACCUCAAUUCAGGUUUUUGUUUUAUUUUAUUUUUUUAAAUCUUUUUGUCCCAAUGUUAAAAUGCCCUCAAGCUUCAUCUGUCCUCCUAUAAAUCAGGAUUAGUGUCAUUUUACACUAAUUUCUUGAUCCAACUUUGUUUUUUUCUUUCGUUCAGUUUAUUUUUUUCUUUUUAAGAUAUUGGUUCGUCAAUCAGACCAUUUUAAUCCUCGCUAUGAUCUUGUAUACAUGACAAAAUAAAAUUGGUUCUUUUAUAUUUUAAA